UUUGGUUGAAUGUUACACUUAAAUUCAUUCAUCAUUCUUAUUCACAUCUUCCAGGUAAUAUGGCAAUUCUUACUACUAAGCUACAUAAAAGCAGCUGAUGACGACUACAACAUAGUCCACAAAGAUGGAGCAUUCGAAUUCGGCUACAAAAAUCCAGAUUCCUAUCAUUUCGCUGACGGAAACAGAAACAACGUUGUGAGAGGGGAAUUUGGCGGAAGAAAUCCAAAAACAGGAGGUCUAGACUCGACAAUCUACACAGCAGGGCCGAGAGGUUUCCGACCUCGCGGUAAAAACGUCUUCAGAAAGUACGACUUGAACCAAAUUGGACCGAGAGCAGUGGGGUCGCCUGACGAUCCUUAUUACGACCCGUACGAAGACCCGAGCUACAAUUUCGCUUUCAGAACGCGCACGUAUAGUAGACAAGAAGGCGCUAAUCGAGCUGGUGAUGUCAAUGGCAGGUAUACUUAUCUGGAUGACGUCGGUGAACGUCACAAUGUCGAAUACAUUGCCGGAAAAAGUACCGGAUUCGACGUGAAAACCCCAUUUCCAGACAGCAACACGAACCAAUUUGGACCCUUGUACUUUCGAGGAAGAGGCCGGCCAAUACCCAGAGGCAGGACCUCCAUUCAGCGAGGCUUAGAUGGAAGUUACAAGUUUGUUUCUGCUGGGCCAGAUCAAAGAAGAACCGAAGUCAGCGAUGCUACAGGCCACGUUAGAGGCUCUUACACUUAUCUAGACGACAAAGGUGUUCAACACGCAGUACAUUACAUUGCAGGUCCAGAGACUGGAUACAGAGUGUUGAAAACGGUUAAAGGGGCGCAUUUACCUUCGGUAUUUCCAUUCGAACGUCCGGACCUUGUUGCGCCUGAUUAUUAUGAAAGCGACGUGGCUGAAGGUGACGUGUUUGAUACUGCUGCUAGUGGAAGACCUUUUAAACCCCGAGGUAAACCAUCCAGACCAAGUCCAGACCUUGGCAAUGGAAUCGAUAUAGGCAAAGACGAUUAUGACCAAUUUGAUGGAGACAAGGGUAAUAAGCCAACAAGUUCAACUGGCCGUCCAUCCGGAUCUACAACCUCUAUACCAAGGCCUAGUAGUACUAGUAGUAGUAGUUAUGACUACGAUGGUAAUGAAGAAGAUUCGGUGGGUUUUGGUGACCUAUUUGGUGGUAGUGGCAGUACCACAUUCAGACCUAGUAGUAGUACCACGUCAAGACCUAGUGGUGGUUUUAGACCGACAACCGGACGUCCUACAGUAACCACUUUCAAGCCGAGCAGCUACAAACCGAGUGACGAAGAUGAUGAUGGUUCGUAUAAGCCCGAUGGAGACGAUGGAGCUUAUAGACCCGAUGGUGCUAGCUCAACCACUUCUAAACCAACAGGAUACCCGUCUAAAAAGCCUGGUUUUGAAGAUGAAUAUGAUUUCAACGAAGUACCAUUUGGUGGUGGCAGUACAAGUACUUACGGAAGUGAUUCUGGUGGAAGAAAAAGACCUUGUCCGAAAUGUACCGGCACCAUCAUUACAAAUAUUGGUUACAAACCUUUUAAUGUACCCCCAGGUGUUUCCGUCAGAGCCCACGUCCAGUCAAUAGACCUUUAUCCCUACGACGAAUUGAGUCCAAGCGAAGCAUACAAAGCUGACGACUCUAUUUUGAGCAGAGGGCAACUCAGAAGUUCCAAUGAUACUCUAAUCGGUACAAAAAAAUCCUCACCUAUCGAAAAAAAUAAUUAAGAUUAAAGAUUAGAUUGUAGAGUUAUUUAUUUUUUGAAAAUAAAAAAUUUGAAAACCAUUUAA